GGUCGCCGCCGUCAAAAGGUCAACUGUCCGCGUCGAGUGGGUGUGAUUUUCCAAGAAAAAAAAACGGAAAAGAUUUCACUUUUUUGGCCUGGGUGAAUUUCCAUCGUUUUUUGAUUUAAUUAACCCAGUUGAAAAAUUUACAUACGUAUCGUCUCGAUGCUCGUACCAACUGAACGGUAAUAAUUAACGAUGCUUAAGGGUCAAUGGUUCCUAAAAUUUCACGCUCAAUGAUCCUUUCGAACCUCGUAAGCCAGACAUACCCCUGCUACCUGAUUGAUUAUCGUGGGGACCUGCAAACAGGAAGUCAACUUGGGCAAAUACGUUCGUUAUAUAGCUCCUCGAUCCGUCUGUCUGAUUAUCAAAAGGUACCUUAAAGACCCCUUAAUUUAUUGUCGAAUUCUUGUAAAAACAACAGCGAUAGAGCGCUGUCUACGACUACAGGUGUGAUAAUUGUACUCGGAGAAGGUGAACUUUUCACACCUUGUUUUAUAUAACAGCUAAUUCUUUGGAUUACUCGGUGUGAAUUACAGCCAAACAGUGUGAUCGAAGAGAAAUGUCUUACCUGUGUUUAAUUUUGUUGUUCGUUUCCGCGUACUCGUUACCGGUCUCGUUCGAUGAAUCGGAAAACGAGAUCGAUAAUCCGGACUACGAUACGUUUCAGAAUCUGCAACAACUCGGUGAUAAAUUAUUCGGUGAUCCGAAAAAUUCCAGUGGAGAUCAUGUGGCUAAAUGGACUCCGAACAGUGGUGUGUUCCCGGAAGAGCUAGGGGAGUAUGCUGAAGGCGAUAUCCUGCAUCCUAUUUCGUUCACGAGGAAUGGAUUGAAAGCCAAGUCAUCCAGAUGGACGAAUAAAGUUAUUCCUUAUGAGAUCAGUCCUUAUAUAAGAGGAAAUGAUCGUCAAAUGAUCUACGACUCAAUUGAAGAAUACCAUAAAGUGACUUGUUUGAAAUUCAAAGAAAGAUCUUCCAAUGAUAAGGAUUAUGUGUAUUUUACAAACAGCAAUACCGGUUGUUGGUCUUCUGUGGGCAAGAUUGGAGGUAGACAGGAGAUAAACUUACAAACUCCUGGAUGUACGACGAAAAAAGGAACCGUCAUGCACGAAAUGUUGCACGCUGUGGGUUUCAUGCAUGAGCAAAACCGUCCCGAUAGAGACAAGUUCGUCACAAUAAACUAUAAUAACAUCGAACGAGGUAAAGAAUCGAAUUUCGAAAAAGCUGAAGUGGAAACUAUCGACAAUCAAGGCAUCGGAUACGAUUACAGAAGUGUAAUGCAUUAUUCUGGCAACGCUUUCUCAAGAAAUGGAUUACCAACAAUAGAGCCAAAGGUAAGAGGCACAACGUUAGGACAAAGAGACGGAUUCAGUAGGAAAGAUGUGCAGAAGGUGUUGAAAAUGUACGGUUGUACGAAAGGAGGUAGUGGUGAAGGAGGAGGGUCUGAUGGGGGAUUCUUAUCUGCGUUAUCGUCUCUAUUUUCUAAAUGACGAAUGUAUC